CUCCCCUCUCUCUCUCUCCCCCUUAUACUUUCCCGUAUUCUUUCCCUCCCACCAAUAACACCGCAUCUACUUUCCCUCCACUAAUAACACCCAUAAAGAAUUUCACUCAAUUCCAAUGCUAAAGUGUUUCUGUACUUCCAUUAAAUAGUUGGCAAACGAUUCGAAAUCCCAAGGAAUGUGGAUUUUGAUGAAACUGAGAAGGAAAUUUUUGAACUCCAAGAUGAUGGGCUAGGAUUUUCUGGUGCUGGAGGGGACAAGAAGCACUUGGAUGCUCCAGCACUAGAGGUGAAGGAGCUAUCGGAGUUGCCAGAGCAGUGGAGGGAGCUAAGUUGCCGUGGUUAUGUAAGGAGUUGCCAACGCAUAAGCCAGCAACUAUUGCGAGGAUACUAAAUGGGCAGAGAAAAUGGAUGAGCUAUCAAGAUACAAUAGAUAAAGAAAGACUUGCAUCAUUAAGGCAAGAGAUGAAGCAAGCAGGAGUAGAGAAGAGAUAAGAAGUGCUUAAUUAUUUCCAUGGUGAGAGUUUAUGCAAAGGAUGUAAAUCUAGAGGAAGCAGAAAGGACUUGGCUCAAACUCAUCCGUCUUGAUGAAGAUCACCCAUCACAAGUUUUUGUAUGUAGAAUGAAAGUCUUUUCAAAGGCAGGAGAAUCUAUAAAAUCAUCGGAGACAUUCAGGAAGAUGCAAGAGGUUUUAAAUUCUUACAAUGUUGCACUAUAUCAUAAAAUUAUAGAAGUCUUGUACGAGGCUGAAAAAGUAGAGCUUACAGAGUUGCUUAUACAAGAGUUGGUUCAGGGUGGUAUGAAGUCGCUUACUCCGUCUUUGAUUGCUAUAAUGUAUAUGUACCUUAAUUUAAAUUUACAUGAUAAAUUAGAGUCGGCCUUCUCUUCAUGCCUUGAGAAAUGUCGAUCCAACCAGAAUGUCCACGUCAUAUACGUGGAUUCUUUGGUGAAAGCUGGUAAUCUUGACAAGGUUGAGGAGAUAUUUAACCAUGUGUGUAAUUACAAGACAAUCAGUGUUAAUGCCAGACCAUGCAAUACUGUUUUAAGUGGAUGCCUCUCAUUUGGAUACCAUGUAAAGGCAGAAAUAAUAUAUGAUCUAAUGUGCCAAAGGAAAUAUGAUAUUGAAUCUGUUCUGAUUUUGAGCAGGAAAGCUGUAAGAAAGCCUUCUAUCCUCAAGCUUGAAAAAGAGCAAAGAGAGAUUUUAGUGGGUUUACUCUUUCAGUGGUUUGCAAAUUGAAUCGGAUGGGAAGAAGCACGUGAUUCAGUUUGAGUUGAAUUAGAAUUCUAUCACAAAUUUUAUUUUUGGGAGACAUUUACAUGACCAGCACAAUGAGUGGCUGCAUCCAUCUUGUAAGCCUGGUGAUGAUAGUAAUACUGAUGACAUCCGUUGCAGAUUUUAUACUAUAUCACACUCUUAUUUUGAAUUCGAUGUAGACUAGUUCUGGCCAAGAGGCUAGCCUCAACUCCCAAAGCUAAUCACAGGUGGCUGUCAUCUCAGCUUCUUGCAUGCCAGUACAUGUAUGGGGGUCAUAGAACAUCAUCAAGGGAUAUUAUGGUGAAGCUAAUAAGAAGUGUUAGGGGGUGUUAGAAGGGUUAUCAAAACUUUGAAAUCAAAAUCUCUGGAUCGCAGGGUGAAGAAUAAAGGGGAAAGUGUUUUGGAUAGGUUUUUUUGGAAGUGUUUCUACAUGGUUUUGGAAACUGGUAGAACCUUAUAUCUUAGAUGACUUGAAAGAUUUUCUAAAGUUGGUGAUCAUACCUUAGAGAAUAAUUUGGCAGAAUUUCAAAAUAUGAAUUUUGAUAGCGGGUUUGAUUUCGAUGAAGAGGCGUCUGAGGAUGGUGACAUGGACAGCUAAUAGGAACUUUUGUGGGCAUACUAGGCUUUGUAUGGUUCAACUCUUGUUUUCUGGGAUUUGCUCUGAGACCGCCAAAGGUUGAAAAUGAUUGGAUGUGAAACCCGCAUGCUUAUCCACUUAUGUUGUAUCACUGUCAACAACCUCAGAGCUGUACAUAUAGAUGUUUAUAUGUAUUGAAAUUAGCAACUUCAUUAAACUGGUUUUGAGUGUAUCUCAUUUUAUUACCUCA